AUGGUCGCCCGUCCGCUCGUGCCUGGCAUCUACGCCCCCCUUCCUACCUUCUUCAAGCCAGACACGGAGGAUGUCGACUUGCAGCUCAUGGCCGCGCAUGCCGUCCGCCUCAUUAAGGCGGGCGUGAAGCCUCUGCUUUCCGGCACCAUGGGCGAGGCACACCACCUCUCGCACGAGGAGCGUGUCGACGUCAUCAAGGCUGUCCGUGUUGCCCUCGACGACGCCGGUUUUGCCGAGGUCCCAAUUAUCGCGGGGUCUGGUGCGGGCAGCACGCGGGAAACGAUCCAGCUCUCGAAAGAGGCGGCAGACGCGGGGGCCGACUACGUGAUCGUCAUAUGCUCCGGCUACUUCGCCGGUGCGCUUGUGAGCAAUCGCAAGGCGCUCAAGGCUUUCUGGUCGGAGGUUUCGGCGAAGAGCCCUAUACCCGUCAUCAUCUACAACUACCCGGGGGCCGCUGGUGGAAUUGAUCUGGAUUCUGAUUUGAUCACGGAGCUAGCAGAGGAGUGCCCGAACCUCUGUGGUGUAAAGCUCACGUGCGGAAACGUUGGCAAGCUCACACGCAUCUGCGCAACAGUCUCCGAGCCUGCUUUCGCGUCAGCGCACCCACGCCAGAACGCGGAUGCGCCUUUCAUCGUUCUCGGCGGAUUUACCGACUUCAUCCUGACGUCUUCGAUGGUCAACGGACAUGGCGCUAUCACCGGUCUCGCCAACAUCGCGCCCGCCACGGUUGCGAAGCUGUUUGACAUUUCGGAGAAGGCGAAGUCGGACCUGUCGCUCCUUCCAGAAGCGCAGCGUUUGCAGGGUAUCGUCGCUCGCGCGGACUUUACGAUCGCGAAGACUGGCAUCGCGGGAACCAAGUACCUUCUGGAGAAACUGUACGGAUACGGCGGGAACUGCCGCAGGCCGCUACCGCCCAUCGAGCCGGCGGCCGCGACGGCGAUCUGGGAGCACCCGCACACGCAAGAGCUUGUGAAGCUUGAGCGCGAGUUCGCUGGCAAGACGUAG